GGCGGCGGCGGCGGCGGCGGAGUCGGGAGGCGGCGGCCUGGCUCGGCCUGGCCUGGCCUGUCAGGGCUCGGGCGGCGGCGGCGCGAGCGCCAUGUCCCUGCAGUACGGGGCGGAGGAGACGCCCCUGGCCGGCAGCUAUGGCACGGCGGACUCGUUCCCCAAGGACUUCGGCUACGGCGUGGAGGAGGAGGAGGAGGAGGCGGCGGCCGCGGGCGGCGGGGUCGGGGCGGGGGCCGGCGGCGGCUGCGGCCCGGGGGGCGCGGACAGCUCCAAGCCGCGGAUUCUGCUCAUGGGGCUGCGGCGCAGCGGCAAGUCCUCCAUCCAGAAGGUGGUGUUUCAUAAAAUGUCACCCAACGAGACCCUCUUUUUGGAAAGUACCAACAAGAUUUAUAAAGAUGACAUUUCCAAUAGCUCCUUUGUGAACUUCCAGAUAUGGGAUUUUCCUGGGCAAAUGGACUUUUUUGACCCAACUUUUGACUACGAGAUGAUCUUCAGGGGAACGGGAGCAUUGAUUUAUGUCAUUGAUGCACAGGAUGACUACAUGGAGGCUUUAACAAGACUUCACAUUACUGUUUCUAAAGCCUACAAAGUUAACCCAGACAUGAAUUUUGAGGUUUUUAUUCACAAAGUUGAUGGUUUAUCUGAUGAUCACAAAAUAGAAACACAGAGGGACAUUCAUCAAAGGGCCAAUGAUGACCUUGCAGAUGCUGGGCUAGAAAAACUCCACCUUAGCUUUUAUUUGACUAGUAUCUAUGACCAUUCAAUAUUUGAAGCCUUUAGUAAGGUGGUACAGAAACUCAUUCCACAACUGCCGACCUUGGAAAACCUAUUAAAUAUCUUUAUAUCAAAUUCAGGUAUUGAAAAAGCAUUUCUCUUUGAUGUUGUCAGCAAAAUCUACAUUGCAACAGACAGUUCUCCUGUGGAUAUGCAAUCUUAUGAACUUUGCUGUGACAUGAUUGAUGUUGUAAUUGAUGUAUCUUGUAUAUAUGGAUUGAAGGAAGAUGGAAGUGGAAGUGCUUAUGACAAAGAAUCUAUGGCAAUUAUCAAGCUGAAUAAUACAACUGUCCUUUACUUAAAAGAAGUGACUAAAUUUUUAGCUCUGGUCUGCAUUCUUAGGGAAGAAAGUUUUGAACGAAAAGGUUUAAUAGACUACAACUUCCACUGUUUCCGGAAAGCUAUCCAUGAGGUUUUUGAGGUGGGCGUGACUUCUCACAGGAGCUGUGGUCACCAGAGCAGUGCCCCUAGCCUGAAAGCGCUGACACACAACGGCACACCGAGAAAUGCCAUCUAGCCUGAAUCCCAGUGGCUGGGGCUCUGUGUCAGCUCACUCUCCACUCCAGGGUCAGAUACCACAUGCUACAGGACAUAGGAGUUGUCACUUGUGGGAGUCUGGUGCCUGUCCCACUAGAGACAAGGGGUAGAGUUUCUCAUUCGGAUGAAAACCCCUUCAAGCAGUGGUGUGCAUCUGAAACUAUUGCUUUUUCAAAAAAUGGCAAAAAAGAAUUCUAGAGAUCUCAGAACUCAAGCGUGUCUUUCUCCUCUUUGGGGUCCUACUUUAAGUAAUUGGGAUAUUUUGGACCUGGACAUAACACCUCUUGCCCAUCCUUACCAGGGAAUGUUGCCAUUAAUAUCAGAUGGAAAUAAUAGAAAGGACUGAUUUUUUUAUGCUUCCCUUAGGUUUUCAUUUGAGUAGUCUCUAAAAAUUCUGCCUUGCUUAAGUUCUAACACUGCCUCUAAGAUUUCACUUUUGGACAUUGCACACCUGAGACCUUUAAAUGCAUAUGCUUGCUAACUCAGAAGACACCUGGUAUGACUGCAGCACAGGAUAUUCCUGUAUUUGUUACUGAAGACAUGGGAAGGUUUUAUGCUGCAUUAGGUCAAGAGCAAGGUCAACAGUGGCUGCUGCACUAGUUCCCUUGAAGUAUAGAGGAAGAAACUUUAAAACAGAAGAAAAAUUUUGCACCUGUGUUCUGGGUUCUUUCUCCUGCAUUAGGUAAAUGAUCAUGAUCCAUGUAACAAAGGGAAUUAAAAAAAAAAUUGUUGUCCUCAAGAUCUUCCUUCCAUGGGAGAAACUCAUUAUGUCAUUGAAAUACUUAACCCACUUUUCGUUACACCUGAUACCAGCCGCUACAUACCUUUCAUUCUGAGCUAUUCUUUAAGAACUGCCGUUUCGUUGACCAUGGAUGACCCUAAGGCACUGGUGGACUGUCCACUUGGAGUUGGAGAGAGCACAUGGUGCCACAACAUGUGUCGUUAAACAUGCGUCUUCUCCAGUAUUCUGACACCGAGUGUCAACUGUGGUACUUUCUUUGCCUACUAUGUUAAUUCACAGUUGUUUCUCUUUGUUGAUUGUUGAUACCCUCUCCGUUGAUUUAAACUUAUUUUUACUCCACAUGCCUACUAGUCAUAUAUUCCAAAGCCACUGGACCACUUCAGUACAUAAGUGCCACUGUUUCAUGGGAUACAUGUGUUCAGGUCUGUAAACCUAACAGUGUGACUUGGAGUGCUUCCUGCCGAUGAUUCUGACUGUUGAGUAUUUACAUGGACCAUGGUGAUAUCCAAAAGAAAAAUGCUUUUAUAUUUAUAGAUUAUUUCAUUGAACUAUAUAAAAUGGGUAUCAAUAAAUGUAUUUACUCCAAAAGCAGUUUUUAUUUGCUGAAG